CUGAAAAUCUUUUCAAUAUACAUUUCACGUGACCUCCAUCCAUCCUUCCAUCCAUCCAUCCAUUUUACAUACUGCUUAUCGUACACAGGUUUGCGGGAGAGCAUGGAGCCUAUCCCAGGGAACUAGAUCAGCCUAUAAAGCAUGUCUUUGGACUGAGGGAGGAAACUAGAGUACCUAGAGGAAACCCCCAAAGCACAGGGAGAACAUGCAAACUCCACACACAAAGGGCAGAGGCAGGAUUUGAACCCCCAACCCUGGAGGUGUGAGACAACCACCACACCGCCUUUUCACAGGACCUAUUUGUUUAAAAAUAAAUACACAAGUUGACUCCCAGAAUUCACCUAAAAUAGCUGAUUCAAAGAGUCGACUCAUUGGCAAACAAACACAUUACUACAUGCACAAGCAUGCACAGAGUGUGUGUGUGUGUGUAUGUGUGUGUGGGGGUGUGUGCGUGUGUGUAAGUGUAUAUGUGUGUCCAUUCACAUGCAAGAGAAAGAGUGUGUGUAUGGAUUUGUUUGUGUCAGUCCAGUGAUAUGCUGAAUGUUCUUGCUUCCAUAUUUAUCAGAUAAAUAGUUUCUGAUUCUGAACAGUUGUUAUGAUUCUGUUGAGUGCUUUUGAACUGCACCCAUAACCACAACAGCUCAUAAGGAAACUCAUUAAUGGAUGUAUAAGCAUUAGCCUUGUUUACCAACGCCUCUUUAGAAAUGUAACUGAAAGCCCUGCUCAUGGUUUAUGCUCUCACAGACCAAGCCCUCUGAUACACGUAAUGCAAUCUUGACCAGAAUUAGCGCGCUCUUCUGAAAUGACCCAACCUCGAAAUGCACAUUUACUGUCUGAAGGAGGGAAAUGUGCCUUUUUAUGAGGCACAGUUUCUGUUCCAUGAGUUCUUUUUUAAAGCAUCUGCGGUUUGGAUCGUAUGAGCAGAUGUUGAAAAUACACGCAGGAUGAAACUGUACCUCUGCACAGCUGUCACGUGGACGUCUGAAGCCGCAACUCUACUCAUAAAGCAGCUCAGGUACUUACCAAACACGACGUCAUCAGCUGUGUGGCCGACAGGUGAGCUUUACCAGGAAGGUGAGUGUUUAGUUAAAGUAAAACUCGCCUUUGCCCCGCGGCGGCUGACAGCAGGCUCCGGGGGCCAUUAUGCACCAGGCAGUCAGCUUGCCAGGAUGUCCGUGAGCUACCUGUUGGAAAGGGACGGCGGCGCGAUGUAUGGUAACCCCACGCGGCACGUCAACCUCGGCUACAGCCACCAGAACGUGUACCCGUCGCCGCCGUACUCGGACUAUACCGGCUACCAUCACGUCUCCGCCGUGGGGAACGAGCACCAUCACGGAGCCCAGAGCGGCGGCGCGUGGAAUCCCGUUUACGCGCCUGCACACGACGAGUGGUCGCUGUACGCGCACGGGGCCACGCACGCGCCCUUCCCGAGCCUCGGACCAGUGAACGCGGGGAACGUCAGCGGCCUGGUGGCGCCACAGGAGCAGCGCAGUUUACCGAGUGUCGCCGGUCCUCCUCAGCUGUCCCCUCUGUCUGAGAGGGACCAGGCCGAGUGGACGAGACGCGCAGGACCACCCGCGAGCACAGGAGGGAAGACGAGGACGAAGGACAAGUACAGGGUGGUGUACAGUGACCUCCAGCGCCUGGAGCUCGAGAAGGAAUUCCACUUCAGCCGCUACAUCACCAUCAGGCGGAAGGCUGAGCUCGCUGUGGCUCUCAACCUCUCUGAACGCCAGGUAAAGAUCUGGUUUCAGAACAGACGUGCCAAAGAGAGGAAGCUGAACAGGAAGAAGAUUCAGCAGUCGCAGCAGGCCUCCACCACUACAGCCACUCCACCAGCCAUUGAUAUCCAUGCGAACACUGCUAUAGUCGCGAGCGCCAGCGGCAGCUUGUUGACAGAUACGUUAUCUACAGCUAUUAAAGAAGAAUACUAAAAACUGCUGAUAGCAGAGUUGGAACAUGCAAUGUGGACGUUAAACUAAAGAAACCAAACGUUUACACUACACUCUCAGUGAUAUCACUAAAAACACAUGAAAAUUUACUACACAAGUAAUAAUAAAUGAAGCACAGUAUUUUAAUUACUUUUCAGUUAUAACAGAAAUUGUCAUCAUGAUUAAGGAGUAGCAUAAGCUUCCAGGAUCUGCAGCUGUUUUAAAGCUCUCGACAGUUAUUGAUUAUGUACCUUUUUGGACAGUUUGGUCUAUAUUUGAAAUGUUGUUUGAACUGUAUGUGUGAAGUGUUUUGUAAUGUGUGCCAAACCAGUGAGACUAUUAACUAUUUGAAACAAGUAAAUAAACUAUAAAUAUGAUGAUAAAUAUGAUACAACAAUCUUUGUAUGCAGAAUAAAAAGUCAAUAUUGUAAAACAUA